GGGUCCGCACCUGUGGGCAUUGGGUCCGCGGCUAUGGCGCCAAAGCUCUGAAGCCUUAACGGCUUUCUCGCCUGGCUGGUGGGCUUUCUCCGAGUUGAGGGCCAUCUCCUUCGAUUCCAAGUGUGGGUUUCUGCCCAGUGGACCCCUCUGCUCACCAUGGCAGAGCCUGCCACUGGAGUGCAACUUGCUGGUUCUGGAGAGCUGGUUGCUGAACCGGGACCCUCCAGUACAGAAGCAAGGGAGCCUGCCACUGGAGUACAACUUGCUGGUUCUGGACAGCUGGUUGCUGAACAGGGACCCCCUAGUACAGGAGGAAGGGAGCCUGCCACUGGAGUGCAACUUGCUGGUUCUGGAGAGCUGGUUGCUGAACCGGGACCCUCCAGUACAGAAGCAAGGGAACCUGCAACUGCAGAAGGAACUUCUGGUCUUGGACAACAGGUUACUAAACAGGGACACCCCAGUACAGGGGAAAUGGAGCCUGCCACUGGAGUGCAACUUGCUGGUUCUGGAGAGCUGGUUGCUGAACCGGGACCCUCCAGUACAGAAGCAAGGGAAAAUACAGAAGAGGCGAAUACCAUGGGGCAAACAGCGAAUGAAGAUCAUUUUGACUGGGACAAGUACUUGAAAGAGACUGGAUCGAUAAGUGCUCCUUCUGAAUAUUUCAGACAGUCUAAGACUCCACCAACUAAUGAAUUCAAAAUUGGUAUGAAAUUGGAAGCCCGUGACCCUCGCAAUAUUGAUUCGGUGUGUGUUGCUUCGGUCAUUGGAAUUACUGGAGCCAGGUUACGUCUACGACUGGAUGGUAGUGACAAUAAGAAUGAUUUUUGGAGACUUGUGGAUUCAUCAGACAUACAACCUGUUGGGACGUGUGAACAAGGAGGAGAUUUACUUCAGCCUCCACUGGGGUACACACUGAAUACUUCAUCAUGGCCCAUGUUCUUACUACGUGUACUAACUGGAUCUGAACUGGCACCUGCAGUGUUCUUUAAGGAGGAACCACCACGUCCACUCCAAAAUAAUUUCAUAGUUGGGAUGAAGAUUGAAGCUGUCGAUAGAAAAAAUCCAUUUAUGAUCUGUCCUGCCACAAUUGGAGCUGUCUGUGGAGAUCAACUUCAUAUCACUUUUGAUGGAUGGAGUGGAGCAUUUGAUUAUUGGUGUGACUAUGACUCCCGAGACAUCUUCCCAGUUGGAUGGUGUCGCCUCACAGGAGAUGUAUUACAGCCACCAGGAAAAAUUGUUGAAAAAAGACCAAGGCGCAAAAGAAGAACCAGACUAUGGAGACUUAGAACUGCUCUUUUGGGAAAUGAAGAAGAGGCCCCAGAAGCUGCAGAAGAACCUGGGACCAGUGUACUUACUUUUGGAGAUGAAAACAGAACUUUGAAAGAUUGCCGAGGAGAAGCUGCAGAAGAACCUGGGACCAGUGCAUUUACUUUUGGAGAUGAAAACAGAACUUUGAAAGAUUGCCAAGGAGGUUGGAAAAAACCCAAGGGCAGAGGAUUCAUCAAACCUGGAAAAGAUGAAACCAGACCUGGGAAACAUGACCAAGGAGCCCCAGCUGGGAAAAAACCCAGGGGCAGAGGAUUCACCCAACCUUUGGAAGAUGAAGCCAGACCAGGAAGAGAUGUCCAAGUAGCCCCAGCUGAGAAAAAACGCAAGGGCAAAACAGUCACCACACCUUGGACUGAGGAUCCCAGACUUUUUGCAGAUCAAGGAGAUGCCCCAGCUGAGAAAAAACGCAAGGGCAAAACAGUCACCACACCUUGGACUGAGGAUCCCAGACUUUUUGCAGAUCAAGGAGAUGCCCCAGCUGAGAAAAAACGCAAGGGCAAAACAGUCACCACACCUUGGACUGAGGAUCCCAGACUUUUUGCAGAUCAAGGAGCAGCCCCAGCUGAGAAAAAACGCAAGGGCAAAACAGUCACCACACCUUGGACUGAGGAUCCCAGACUUUUUGCAGAUCAAGGAGAUGCCCCAGCUGAGAAAAAACGCAAGGGCAAAACAGUCACCACACCUUGGACUGAGGAUCCCAGACUUUUUGCAGAUCAAGGAGAUGCCCCAGCUGAGAAAAAACGCAAGGGCAAAACAGUCACCACACCUUGGACUGAGGAUCCCAGACUUUUUGCAGAUCAAGGAGCAGCCCCAGCUGAGAAAAAACGCAAGGGCAAAACAGUCACCACACCUUGGACUGAGGAUCCCAGACUUUUUGCAGAUCAAGGAGAUGCCCCAGCUGAGAAAAAACGCAAGGGCAAAACAGUCACCACACCUUGGACUGAGGAUCCCAGACUUUUUGCAGAUCAAGGAGAUGCCCCAGCUGAAAAAAAACCCAAGGGCAAAAGAGUCACCAAAUCUCGGAAAGACCAAGCCCAGUUUUUAGCUGAUGAAGAAGCAAUGCCAGCUCUUUUUUCAGCUCUUAGUGUGAGCAGUACAGAGAGAACACCACCUUCUUCCUCUGAACAACCAAAGUCUUCUACCUCUGGGAAAACAAAAUCCACCUCUAGAGGGGCUCAAACUUCAAGGAAGUCUCCACGGAAAACAAGUGUUGUGCAACCAGUACCAAAGACCAGCAAGAAAGCAGGAAAAUCUAAGUCUACUGGAAAUACUUCAUCCCCUAAGAAGGGCAUUACUAUUAAAAUUGUCCUACCAAAGAAAAAGGGUGGAAAGUCUGGAAAAAAGGAAAAAAGUAUUCCAGUUAUUUCUUCUACAUCUUCAGCUUCUUUAAGUACACUGAUGAAAAGUUCUUCAUCUAAUAAGACUUCUGCGGGGCCAUCUAAAAUAGUGAUGUCUACAGUUUGUGUGUAUAUAAAUAAACAUGGAGAUUGUGGCCCCUUCCUGGAUCCACAGAAGGUUCAGCAGCUACCUAACCACUUCGGUCCAGGCCCUGUGAAUGUCAUUCUCCAGCGGACUGUGCAGGCCUGUGUCAAUUGUGCCUUUCAGGCCAAGGAUGUGUUUCUAUUUCUUAAAACAGAUAAUAGAGGAGGAGAAAUGAUAACUGCCUUCUUUGAUGGGAAAGUUCAUACUGUUCAGCUCCCUCCAGUGAAUAGUGCAUCAUUUGCACUUCGCUUUCUUGAAAAUUUCUGCCAAAGCCUGCAGUGUGAUAACUUUUUGAGUAGCCAGCCUUUCAGACGUGAGGCUCAAGUUCCUACCCCAGAUACAGGCACUGAUCAAAGCAAACCAGAAAAUGGGGAACCAAAGGAAAAGAGAAGCCUCAAACGAUUGUCUCUGCAUCCUCAUCGUUCUGCUCCUGUCUCAUCUAAGGUUCCCAGAAAGUCUGGGCAAGCGUCUAAAGCUUCAAGUUAUAUAACUGUACCUGACCCCAGUGUCCUGAAACAAGGCUUCUGUAAGGACCCUUCAACCUGGUCUGUGGAUGAAGUGAUACAGUUUAUGAAACAUACUGAUCCUCAAAUAUCAGGCCCCCUCGCCGACCUCUUCAGGCAACAUGAAAUUGAUGGGAAAGCUCUGCUACUACUGAAGAGUGAGCUGCUGAUGAAGUAUAUGGGGCUGAAACUAGGACCAGCAGUAAAACUUUGUUAUUACAUUGAAAAACUUAAAGAAAUAAACCAUAAUUGAAAAUGUGCAAAUUUAGUUUAGAGAUAAUUCUCAGGUAUACUGAAAACAUUUUACUUUAAUAGUAGUUUUCAUCUCAUCCGUUUUUAUUUUAUAGAAUGUUUUUAUAGAAAUAUUUUAUGAAAGUUGUAGUACAUUAAUAGUAUACUCUUAUUCUUUAAAUUCCAUCUAAUACGUUUGUAUUAGCAUGAUUAAAACUGGCUGUUCAUUAUUUAUGUCUUCAGUUAUUUUUAUUGUGUUUACAAGUGUACUUCAUGUGGCAAAGAGAAGAAACAUUUUUAUUUGGAUUAAUCUUUAUAUCUAGAACCAAACAGCUAAGUCCAAGGAGGAAAAUACCAGCACUUCUAAAAACAGGAGAAAUUUUUUCUUCAAAAGAGAAUUUCAAGAUGCACUUAAGCUCUCGUCAGCUCAAUUAUUUUAGUCUGGUUUUAUGAUGUUUUGUUCCUGAUCUACUAGUAGAAAGGGAAGAGCCAUCUAAAUUAUUCUUUUUUCUGUCAGUGCCCUUUUUUGUUCAUACUACAGGGGGAAAGCAAUUUUAUAAGCUUAUAUAAAGUGUUCUUACUAGUUUUUGAUAUUUUUUAAACUGUAGGCUAGAUUAAAAUUGAUAAUUUUGUGCAGGAGAUGUUUAUUUUACCAGAGUGAAUUGGAGAGAAUUGGAUAAAUUUUAUACCUAUUUUACAACUUUCUAUAUUUUUGCUAAACUUGAACAUUAGACACCCAAUUCUGACAUCUUUAUUUUCUAAGAUAUUUGUGUCCAGAUUUUAAAUUUGUGUUUUAUUUUGUGUUUAUUACUCAUACAGAUACUUUAGCAUAUUUAUAUACUAUUAUAUAUAUGUGAGAAGACACAAGUGACUUUUUGAAUUGAAUAUGGCACUUUACACUGCCACAGAGGUAAUAAAGGUAUAUAUAGAUGUUUAAUCCCUGAAAAAAUAUAUACAUCAUUUUUCUAUCAUCAGUACCUCUCAGCGUAUUAUUCAGGUGAUAAGAAACUGCCCAUAAAUUGGCUCCCACAUAGGGAAGCUCUUUAUCCUAUGCAAUAUUUCUAAUUAUUUUUCUUAGUUCUGAGCCAUCAACUUUGCUACAUUUUGAAAGGUGCAUUAAUUCUGACAUUGAGGGUUUUGUUUUUCCAAAUAAUAGCUUUCAAAGUAAAAUGGUGCUGCAUGUUAUAACUUUAUAUGAUGGUGUAGUGCAUAUAAGCUAUGAGAAUCAGUUAUACAUGUAUUAGAGUCAGUUAUACAUGUAUUAUCUAUUCUAAGUCUCAACAAAAUGUUCAACCAGACAAGAAUGUAAUUUUCUCUUUAGAAUGCCAAAUGUGCUUUAGACAACAAUGCAAAAGUUUAAAAGACUAUUUCACUUAUGUCAUUUCUGACACAACUAGAAUACUUAAACUUUAUCUUCUUGCAAAUUGCUUGUAUGAAGAUGCUCUUUCCAGUUGAUUGGACCUCAGGUGUUUAUAAUAUUGUUUAUAACCUUAAGAUUUUAAGAAUAUAAUAAAGUUAUUAAAUAACCACAGCAAUUAACAGCUAA